GAAGACAUGAGGCUUUUUGGAAGUGUUGAUAAAAUGAGAUGUGCAGGCGGACGAGUCGGUCAAGGAUCGAUUCGGACAAAGUGAUCUAUUGUAUGACAAGUGACAGUUUAUUCAGAGUAAAGAUAUCUGGUACAGCAUGCAUGGGCUCUGUCAAGUAACUCCGAGUGAGCUAAAAGAGGAGAGCUCCUAAUACAGUUUGUUUACAUAUUUUAUACAGCACAGAAAGUAGGUUGAGUCUUGAAGUUCUGGUUCUAUGGUUGGUUCAGGUCCAGUUGUAGUCUCCGAUGAUUGGCUCCUGCAGUCCAUCGCUUCAGCCGUUGCUCAUUGUCCUUGUUGUCUUCUUGAGUCCAGGGUGGGUGUGUGUGUGUGUGUGUCCUAGAUAAAUUAUAAUCUUGUGCAGCAUAUGUGUGCAAUGAGUUUGUGUGUCUUAAUGUAUGUGUAGUUCCUGUUUUCACAUAGCCAGCCGUUGGCCGAUACUGAGACUAAGGCAUUGUGGUUGGGCCAGUUCCUGUUUAUGUGCUGUGAGUGGAGACAUCAGCCUGCUUGUGUCAGCGUUACUGAGUGCUGUUUCCUAUUGAGUAAUAUUUGGAAGACAGAUGAAGUUAAUAUGCUGAAGUUAAUAUGUUAUAGCAAAAGGCCUGGUUAUAAUGAACACAGCUAAGUGCUCAUGCUUACAGAAGUACAUACUGACCGUAACGGUAGUAAUGACGAUAGUUGAUCAGCGAAACUCCAUUAUUUGAUAAGUAACGAACGUAUUUUGAUAGUAUUAUGCUUGACAAGCUGGUGAAUGGCUUCUUCCCUUUUUUAAUGAGAAUCGCCAUAUUCAACGUCUCACUGUAAUAUUAUGGUUCAUACCACGCCCAUCGUUUAGACUACAUAGUGAAAGAGACUCGCUCCCUUCUUUCAUAACUGUUGAACAUUUUAGUUUCUUUAUCUCUCCGUGCGCUCUUGAGAUGUUGGCUACCAUAAAGAACAUUUCCGUAACCUACGACGGUAUGGGCAAAACCUUUAGCAGCGGCGACUUCAUUUCGGGGCGAAUAACGUUGGAAUUAGGAAAAGAUUGCAAAAUAGAUUAUCUUUCCAUAAAAGCAAAGGGAAAGUCAGAAGUCCGUUGGACAGAACAUCAUAAUAAGACAACUGUAACUUACCAUUCCAAGGACAAGAUGUUCAGCAUUGAACAAUUUAUCAUUCGAGAACAAAAAGGCCAAGGUUAUGAACAUGCCACACGUUACGAUUGUAAUGUUGUAGCUCCUGGAACUCACGUUUACCCAUUCACAUUUCAGAUCCCUCAACAAGCAAUGCCAUCAUCCUUUAAAGGCGCCUGGGGGAAAAUCCUGUAUACGUUAGAGGCCAAGUUGAGCAGAUCAAUGAGGAUAUCCAGCAAAGCCAGGGCUGAGUUCCCCUUUGUCUCCAAGGCAGACCUGGGCAGCAUCCCUGAGCUGAUGAUACCUCAGCAUGGAACCAAGGAUAAAAAGAUGAAGUUAUUCACCUCAGGAAAAGUGGGAAUGGACAUUCACAUAGAGAGAAUGGGCUACUACUUAGGUGAAGACCUAAAGGUUGUGGCGUCCAUUGAGAAUAGCUCCUCUCGUGAGAUCAAGCCCAAGUACACCCUGUACCAGAAGGACAGCUUCUUUGCGAGGGGAAAGAGGAGGGUGUCCACCAAAGACAUCCUGAAAGAGCUGGGAGAGCCCAUCCCGCCAUCUGGGAAACUGAAAGUCACUAAAGUCCUUAAAAUCCCACAACACAUUGUUCCAUCCAUCUUCACCUGCAGUAAUAUUAAAUGCGAGUACAGGCUGAAGAUCGUCCUGGAUGUUCCCUAUGCCAGAGACCCAGAAAUCAAAUUGCCACUGGUCAUCCUCCCUGCAACUCAAACGCCUGGACUGCAGCCGCCACCUUACUCUGACUUUGGUUUUGACUCGUUCGGGAAUGCAAACCAACCCGGAUGGAACAGCACACCACAAUUUCCGGGAGCCUAUCCACCAAUGGCCCCAGGAGCCUAUCCACCAAUGGCCCCAGGAGCCUAUCCACCAAUGGCCCCAGGAGCUUUAGCGCCUCCCCCAGCCUACGGAACGUACCCAUCCCUGUCUGAUUUUGGUGGUAAAUCCUAGUGGGAGAAAAGAUAAGAGGGUAAAAUAUAACAAAUGAAUGCAUUGUAUAUGAUAAUGUGCAGUGCUCUAUCUCUUUAGACUUCCAUUCAUACUUCCAUACUUCUCUGUUGUUGAUGUUUCUUGUCAUUGACAUGACAACGUGUCUAACUUCAAUAUCUUUGUGGAAAUGCCAACUAUGAAUAAUGAAAUGGAACAAAGCUCUGCUUAAGUGUGCCUUGUAUAAGUUGUCUAAAUAUGAAUAUUGCUGUUACGAAUGUAACAAUGAAUGUUCUAAUUUCAUGGUGGUGCUGAUAAUCGAAUAAAAAUAUUUUAUAUAUAUAUAUAUAUAUAUAUAUAUAUAUAUA